AUGGACGUCAGGACUCCAUUCCCAGCUCUUGAUCUAAGCCAUCACCCCGAAUUGCAGGACCUUUCAUACAUUGCUCUGACACGCUUCCUUCGCUGUGCGAGCAUGAUCAAGGACGAUAUACUCCUCCCUCAGCCUCACGGUGUUCCUGUCACCACUGCCCCUGAUGUUCUACCUCCGGGAAUCACCAAUUUUUUUAGCAGAUCCUUUGAUAUAUCCUGUGACGCAGUUGAUAUGCUGUGGGAUGCAGUCAAACAUGUCGCAUGGACCCUUCCUGCUGACAGUGAGGAACACGAGGCUAUCGAGGCAAUGUUUCAACAUCAUGGCCAGGACCAAGGCAUCUCGGCCUACGUUCUGUAUCCUCCGAUGAAGAUGUGCGUGAACCCAGACUGCAUUGCUGUACAACGUGCAACACCACUGAAAAAGGACGAGCCCCGUCGUGUUGUCAUCUUCACUCAGGCAUUCGGUGUUCGCUGUGCAUGGUCUGUCCAUUUAAAAUGCAGAUUGUGCAAGGUAAAUUACCACAACAAUUACGCCGUUCACGGGACAUCAAGGCAGUAUUAUUCUGGUGUACCGCAAUACAUCCAAAUUGGGGAGCAUCAGUUUGUCGAACUGUUUUUACGAGCUCUCAUUCAUGUUUCUAACCUGUUUCACAGUGUCUCCGCUACCAACUGUGCUCGUCUGUACAACGAGGCACAAGCUCGACACGAAAAUGUCACCCGUGAAUGGCAGUUUAGCACGACUGUCACGACCGAGGAAGUAUGGGAUGCGUUCACUGUCUUAGCACUCCUCGACGACCAUCAGCUUCAGAACACAAGACUUUGCGUGCCCCAUGGCAAUUCUCAGAGUGCUCGCUACACUGCUGCUAUGCGUGCCCGAAAUGAGAGGAUUAUUACUGAAGGCCAAGACGAGCUCCCACAUGCGUGCUAUGGAUGCAUGCACCUCUUUUCCAUGCCUGAUGGCACCACACGCUAUGCCGAGGUCGUUGUCACUGAUGGCAUCACCGUCGGACGGCCAUGUUGUGCCGUGCCACACUGCAAAAAUGCCCUUGCCAGCACUCGCAAUCGCUUUUGUUUGGCCGACCCCAGUCAUGGCCAGCUCGAAAUGAUAUGUGCCGUUGAUGGGUGUGACCAACCUGUUAGCUGUCGUGGUCAAAGUGAUAAGCUGCGCAAAACCUGCAGUGACCCGCUCCACAUGAAGAUGGAGGAUGCGAAAGCAGUGCUCUCACGGAGUGGAAAGAGCAAGACCCAGAGGAUGAAGACUGCUAAGCUGAAUGACGCACUCGCAGCUUCGUCCCACGAUCAUCCAGAAGAUGAUUUGCCCGUUGAAGACUUUGAUGAAUGGUACGAGCACGACGAGUCAACUGGCAAUGUGCGCCUCAAGCAGGCAUCUGUGGCCUUGUCGACGGGAGUCGUCGACAUCAAUCCUUCACCCACGCAGAACGAACCACGUCACGAUCUUGAAGCAUGCCCAAGCAAGGACGAUGUCCCGAAGCUCAAGGCGAUUUUUUUCCGGAAGCGAACCAACAAUGAGCAGCUGUUUGUGCGUCCUUGUGGCAUUAUCUCAGGACGAGGUACUAUGUACCAUCACGAAGCCGUGUCGAAUGUCUUGAUCUUGUUUGAGAAGACAUUCUCUCUUCCACGAGCACGAAAACCCCAGCAUCUCAUAUACGAUUCCAAUUGCAACGCUCUGCGUGAGGUCGAGAGCAGGAAGAUGGAGUUCUUCGAGGGGAUUGGAAUGUGUGUAGACGCUUUCCACCACACGACGAAACACAAGGCUAGUGAUAAGUUUUGCCAGGAGCGCUGCAGCAUGAAAGCCUACCCCGAGCUGCUUGAUGAAGACGGCAAAUAUUACUUCAACUCCUCGAUCGCGGAGCAGACAAACGUCUGGUUUGGUGGGUUUCAUAAUAUGUGCCGUGAGAUGACACCAAUCAAGUAUGACUUCUUCCUUGAUGAAAUGAUACUGCGACGCAAUCGUGCUACCAUCAUCAAUCUACGUAAACAGGGUAAACAGCCCCAUCAUCCUCGCCUCUCUUCCUUGUUGUAG